AGGAUGUCUUCAUCGCGCGCGCCUGCGCCAACUCCGACGACACUCCUCAACCAGAAAAGGGCAUCACCGCCACUCUCAGAACCAGACUCCCUCAUCACCCCACCAGCGACAGUAACACAGUCAAUCGCCUCCCGAUACACACAAAUCCACAACCAGAUAGACUCGGGAACACGGUUACCCGCCACUGAUUUCCAGAUCCAAGUCGACGUUAAGCGCGGACUAUGGGGUUUUUGUGGGACAGCCGAGGAUGAUGUAGGCAGGUGUUGGAUGCCGGGGAGUUGCUUUGAUGAGGACGAGUGUAAGGAUGGAUGUGGGGCUUUGGAUCGGAAGGAUUUGUCGACUGCGUCAUGUUUGAGCAAAGACUCCUCCGGCAGCACCAUCCGAGCCUCCAUCUGCGCAACCGCCUACCUCACGCUCGACAACGGUCUCGGUCCCUUCCAGUACAUUGCUUGCGGCUGGACCACCACGAGAACUCAUUACACCGCUUCGCAGGCUGAUGCCGCUGGCUAUGUUGGUGCGACCACCACCUCUUCCUCAGGCUCCUCAUCAACCAGUCUGUCAUCGGCAUCCACCGUCUCAACGCCAAGUCAACCGAGCAUCGCAUCCCCAACAGGCAAUAGCGGUAAUAACUCCAACAUCGGCGCCAUAGUAGGCGGCGUCAUGGGCAGUCUAGCCAUCAUCGGCGCCUUCAUCUUCGCCGCCUACCUCUUCUGGAUCUACCGAAUCCGAGACCGACGGAAACAACCCCGUGGUGGCUCAGAACCAUUGAACGGUGACGGUAGCGGGAGAACAUCAGAAGACAACACCCCCACCCCUCUAAGUAACCUAAGCUAUAGCCCAGACGGCCAACACUACGGCCCCGGACCUGGACCCGGGCCAGGACAUGGAGCAGGAGCAGGUCACGGACAAGCAGAAUAUGGGGUGCCUUUCGUCUCAAUGGGAGAAAUGGAGCAGAGGAGGGUCAAAGACGCGGAAGGCGGAUGGGGACCGAGGGAGUUAGAUAGCGGGUUUGAGAGGGGCGGUUACGCACACGAGCAGGGACAAAGCGGGCCGUAUGAGGUGUUGUCGGUUGAGAAGGUGGCGGAGAUGCCGGUGAGGUUUGAGCCGGUUGAGAUGAGUAGUGGGUGGGAGGAUCACCCUGGGAGAGAUGGGAGGGAAGGAAGUUAUGGGCAUGAGUUAGGCACGGAGACGAAUGGUGGGAGGAGGAGGUAGGGCGAACGGAGGGUGAAAGGGAUGGCGAGGAAGAAGAGGAGGUAAU